GCGGGCCGCGGCGGCCGAGCCCCGGCGAGACAGCGGCGGAAAGUGCCACGACUCCACACGGCCGCGGCGGCGAGGCGGGACCGCGACCCGGCACGGGCACAGAAGAAUAAGGCAAGGAUGGAUGUGUAUGACCCUCAAACGCUGGGUGUUAUGGUCUUUGGAGGUUUCAUGGUGAUAUCAGCCAUCGGGAUCUUCCUGGUGUCCACCUUCUCUAUGAAGGAGACGUCUUACGAGGAAGCCUUGGCCAAGCAACGCAAAGAGCUUGAGAAGACCCAGCAGCAGAAGAUAGAGAAAAAGAAAAAAGAGAAACCUGUGGAGAAAAAAGGAAAAGCAAAGAAAAAGGAAGAGAAACCUAAUGGAAAGAUCCCAGAGCAGCAGGUGGCUCAGGAAGUGACAGAUUCUCCCAAGGAUGUGGUUCUCGAGCCUGCCAUGGUGCCUGAGCCUGUACCUGUUGAGUCUUCCAUCGCAGCGGUGUCAGUUCCCCCCCAGGAAAAGGAGAAACCUGCUCCCUCGCCUAAGGAGAAGAGGAAGAAGGAGAAGAAGGUGGCGAAGGUAGAGCCUGCUCCUAGCCCUUUGGUGGCUUCUCCUCCCAUCAGCGUCCCCAAAAGUUCUCCUGUCUUGGAGGUGACCCCGAAGGAGGUGCCAGUGGUGGCUGUGCCGCCGGUUGGCACACAGCAAAGCGCUCCGCAGCUCGGCUCCGUUCCCGUCAAGAAAACAGAGGCUCUUCUGAUCCAUGAGGAGCAGAAGCAUGAUGGACCUGUCAAGAAGAAGGCUGCAUCCAAGAAGAAGAGUGAGCCGGCACCCGUGGACUCAGAUGGGCCCCUCUACCUGCCGUACAAGACGCUUGUCUCCACUGUCAGCAGCAUGGUGUUCAGCGAGGGGGAGGCCCAGCAGCUCAUUGAGAUCCUGACGGAGAAAGCGGGCAUUAUCCAGGACACCUGGCACACGGCCACUCAGAAGGGUGACCCAGUGGCUGUCCUGAAACGCCAGCUGGAAGAGAAGGAGAAGCAGCUCGCUGCUGAGCAGGAAGAUGCAUCUGCUGCCAGAAACAAGCUGCGGGAGCUGGGCAAGGAGCUGUCUGCUGAGCGGGCCAAGGCAGUGGCUGCAGAGGGCAAGCUGAAGGAGCAGCUGGUGGCCCGCGAGCGGGAGCUGGCAGCGCUGCAGGCGCGCAUGCAGGCCAGCUACCAGGACCACAUCAGCGAAACUCAGCAGCUCCAGGGCAAGAUCCGGACCCUGCAGGAGCAGCUGGAGAAUGGCCCCAACACACAGUUGGCUCGCCUGCAGCAGGAGAACUCUAUCCUGAGGGACGCCCUCAACCAGGCCACCAGCCAGAUGGAGAGCAAGCAGAAUGCUGAGCUGGCCAAGCUCCGGCAAGAAUGCAACAAACUGAUGAAAGAGCUCUCUGAGAAAUCAGAGGGGCUGCAGCAAGAGGAGCAACAGAGGAAGAGCUGGGAGGUGAAGGCAGCGGCCUCGGAGAAGCAGAUUGAGCAGCUGCAGGCUUCCCAAAGGGAGCUGGAGGCAACACUGCAGAAGAGGCUGGAGGAAGUAAGCGAUGAGCUCCGCAAAACCCAGAGCAGCUACAAGAGCUUGGUAGCAGAUGCAGAAAAGGCCAAAGGACAGCAACAGAGCAUUGCUGAACUGCAGGCCAAGCUGCUGAGCUCGGAAGCAGACGUUAAAAGUAAGUUGCUGGAGCUGGACAGUGUGAAGGGGAAACUGCAAGAUGCCAGUUUGGAGAAUACGAAGCUCCUGGAGAGGAUCAAAUCUAUUGAAUCUCUACUGGAGGCCAACCAGAGGAGAGAGGCAGAAAAAGACAGAGACGUGCAGGCAGCCAAUGAAGCUGAAAUGAAGCAGCUACAGUCAAGGCUCCAGGAGAAGACAGAGCAGCUCUCAUCCUUGGAAAGGGAAGCCACGGAGCUGCGAGAGGUGGUGGAGCAGCAGAAGGUGAAAAACAAUGACCUUCGUGAGAAGAACUGGAAAGCAAUGGAAGCGUUGGCCACGGUGGAGAAGGCGUGUGAAGAGAAAUUACUUGCUGCUACAAAAGCAAAGGAAGAGCUGACCCAACAGCUGGAUGCACUCCAGGCACAAACCAAGCAGACGCUGCUCUCCGCCCUCCCUGGGCUCGUGGUGUCCUCACAGCAGGAUUAUGCCACGUGGCUACAAGAGUUUAAGGAGAAGGUUGUGGGUGUGCUAAAGCAGCAGACAACUACAACAGAGCCUCCUGAUUCAGCACUUAAAGAGGCAGAGGAAGCGCAAAGCACUUUACAAGCAGAAUGUGAUCAGUAUAGAGCCAUCCUUGCAGAGACAGAAGGAAUGCUUCGAGACCUGCAGAAGAGUGUGGAGGAGGAGGAGCAAGUGUGGAAAGCAAAGCUCACGGCGUCUGAAGAAGAGCUUCAGAAGUCUCAACUCCAGCUGAAAUCCCUUGAAGACAUGGUGGAGAAGUUGAAAGCAGAUCUGCAGAGCACAGAUCAGAUAAAGGAAUACACCUCUCUUCUGGAAACACAACUGGAAAAUCACUUGGAGACAGCAAGCUCUGAACGCCAGAACUACACAAAAGAAGUUGAAGUUUUGAGGCAGCUCUUGUCAGAGUCCCAGGAGCAGCUGGAGGCAGCAAAGACGGAAACCCAGAAGCAGAGCAAGGAACUUGCCCUGUUGAAAACCCAGCUGGAGCAAAAUGAAGCACUGGUGGAGAAGGAGCAAGUGCUGCGGCAAAAGCUGGCACUGGAGCUGGAGGAGGCCCAGAGAUCGGCGUGCAGUUUGCAGGCAGAGCUGGAAAAGCUGAGACUGGCUGAAAAUGCAGCAGCUUCAGGCACAGAAGAGACCCAGCAUCUCAAGGGGGAAGAGGACAGCUCGAAGGAAGGGACUUCAGUUUGAUGAGCCUUUGACCUGGACCUUACCAUUCAACUUACCAAAAUGCCUUACACAUUCCUUAAAAAAGAUAUAUGCUGACUUUACUGUAGAUAAAAGAUACAAGCCAUUAGUGACCCAAACCCUAGUUUUGAAACCUAAAAAAAGAAAGAGAAAAAUAUAUCUACCCAACCCCCUCAGCCAGUUAAACACUGCAGCUGGGUGUUUGUAAGGAAAUCUUCAUACUGUUUUGUACAACUGUUCCUUGCCCAGGGAGCUGCUCCGGCUGCGUUGGGGCCUCCCCCUCCUGCCAGGGCAGAUCCCACGAGUGUGUGAAAAGGGAAUUCUGUUUGUACAUCAACUGGUGCAAUUUUUAUGGUGUUAUUUUUAAAUUGUUUUCUUUCCUUUUUUUUUUUGUUUUUGGAGUGAAAGUUAAGUGUGAAAGGCCCACCAUGGAAGGAAGCCUCCCUUUGCCGGGGGGCUCUUGGCACGUAUCCUUUGGUGUAUUUCUGGGUGUCAAUGCAAUUAAAAUGAUACAGUUCAAA